AUGACGACCAAUCAAACAACCACAGUGCCCAGCUUUAUAUUCACAGACCAAGCCUUUCAAAAACCUGCUUUUUGUGGUGGUUUUGGAAUGCCGUCGUUUGGGUCAUCCUCAACAAACAACAACCAUAAUGAAACAUCCCAAAGAGGAGGCGGGUUGUCCACAGAAAAGGAAGAAUUGGACAAGUUACUGGCAGACAAAAUGAAUGGUCUAAGUGUCAAGGAUCGGGAAACCAUGCUAGAAGAAGUGAACGGAAUCGCACAUUCGGAUCCUGAAGAACCCUCUCGCCUGAAUGCUUGUUUAGAAGAGUUGGACAAUCACCUGAAAACGCUAAAAGAAGGAACAGUGUACGAACAAGCUGAACGAAUGGACUCGGCAUAUGUUUCGAAUAGAGCCUUUCGUCUCAAGUUUCUAAGAGCCAAGCGAUACACAACACCAGAAGGUGAAACUCGAUAUGAUCCGAAACGAGCUUCGGAACUCAUCAUCAACUUUUUUCAAACCAAACAGACCUUAUUUGGUUCCGAGAAAUUAACAAAGGACAUUACUUUGAACGAUCUAACCCCAGAAGAUCGAGAAGGAAUUGCACGAGGAAGUUUGCAGGUAUUGCCCAAUCGUGAUAUGGGUGGUCGACACGUCGUCAUCAACUUUCGUGGCUUUGCCAAAUUUCACUCUUUGAAAAGUGAGGUAAGAGCGAAAUACUACACCUUUAUGAGCAUCAUGGAAUCGGAAGAAGCCCAAAAGGCGGGCGUCGUUUUGAUUUUCUAUACGGUGGGACAAUAUCAAGAAUCCAAGGAUGGGGGCAGCCUGGCGAAGCAAGGAAGACACAUGAUGACUUUGCCCAUUCAUUGGGCCGCCACACAAGUCUGUGUGGACGAUUACAAGCAGUAUAUAUUGUUGAAAGCAUUUUUCCAAAUCGUCCCCGCCCAGUUUGCCGCCAAGGUCCGUGUCCAUUUUGGAACCCAUUUGGAAAAUCAGUAUACGUUACGGGGGUAUGGAAUUCCAGAGGGCUCACUUCCCAUUUCCCCGGCAGAUUCGAGUUUGUUGCUCUACAAUCAUUUAUUGUGGUACAACCAACGCGAGGCGGCUGAUAAGGAACGAGAGAAUAGUGCUAGUACUACUACUAGUCCAGCAGCAACACCGCAAAUGGUUGUCUCGUCGUCCUCCAGUAACGUCGAGCAGAUCAAUACCAAAGACAAGACUCACAAGAAGGAGAAAGACGACCUUUCCCUGGGAAUCCCAAUGGAUGAAAUGGAUGAUGAUGUAUUUUCCCUAGAUCCCUUUGACGAAAGCGACGAGUAUGAUACUCUCAGUCGAUCGACUAGCAAUUCGCAGAUCGUUUCGGUCGAGACAUCCCCGUGCCGUUCCACCUCUCCGAAUACUGCCAUCAGUCCACGUUCCACAGACAUUUUGUUUGGACAAUCACACAAAUCACACCCCGGCAACCUUCGAUUCCACGAAGUCAUUACACAGCACGUGGGUGAGUACGAGGCGGCGAGUGGACGGCAAAAGAAGAUUGAAUUUGCCGAGCACUUGGUACAGCACAUCAAGGCGAGUGGUGUCCGAUUUUUGAUCUACGACAAGGGAUCGAUGCGAUGGAUGGAAGUUCCAGACACCAAGGCACGAAAUAAGGUUUCGAAAACGAUUCGAAAUCGACGUCGCAGUGCUGACUACAAGGAUUAA